GCCGCAGCCGGGCGACUUGAGUGCCACGACUGCGCAUGCUUCCCGCAAGCGCGAGGCUUGGCGGGGCGCGGCACUGGAUGGGGCGGGCCGGGCCCUGACUUGUCUGUCGGUUACUGGGCCGGCGUGAGCGCGCGAGGCUUGGGAGUGGCACAGGGAGGAGCUUAGUCCCAGUGGACGCUGCGGGUCUCUGCUCCGCGUCAUUGUGCGCGCGGGAUUGAGGUCGUCUUAGGUGAGGAGGUCGCGCCGGAAGUGGCACUGGCCGUGGUGUUUCAGUGUUGUAAGGAGACUGGCGGAGUUUUGUUAAGGGGAAGCGGAACGGCACGGCUCCCUCCAGCUUCGCUUCCGUAGCCAUGGCAAAAGGCAGAGUCGCGGAACGAUCGCAGGCGGGGGCACUCCACACGACCCCCGUGGGGGAUAGGGCAGCAGGGACGCGAGGUCCCCUGGCGCCGGGCGGCGGAGACCACCUGAAGGAAAAAGCCUGGGCAGAAGGUGGAUCAGCAAGAAUGUCACUCCUUAUAUUGGUGUCCAUUUUCUUAUCUGCAGCUUUUGUUAUGUUUUUGGUGUAUAAAAAUUUUCCUCAGCUUAGUGAAGAAGAAAGAGUGAAUAUGAAGGUUCCCAGAGAUAUGGAUGAUGCCAAGGCUCUAGGAAAAGUUUUAUCCAAAUAUAAAGACACCUUUUAUGUUCAAGUACUUGUAGCUUACUUUGCUACAUAUAUUUUCUUGCAAACAUUUGCUAUUCCAGGCUCUAUAUUUCUCAGUAUACUCUCAGGAUUUCUUUAUCCCUUUCCACUAGCCUUAUUUCUUGUUUGUUUGUGCUCCGGACUCGGUGCCUCUUUCUGCUAUAUGCUCUCCUAUUUAGUUGGAAGACCAGUUGUGUACAAAUACCUAACAGAGAAAGCAGUAAAAUGGUCACAGCAGGUUGAACGUCAUAGAGAACAUCUCAUUAACUACAUCAUAUUUUUGAGAAUAACACCAUUUCUGCCUAAUUGGUUUAUUAAUAUCACAUCUCCUGUGAUAAAUGUGCCAUUGAAAGUGUUUUUUAUUGGCACCUUUCUAGGUGUUGCACCUCCUUCUUUUGUAGCAAUUAAGGCAGGAACAACAUUGUACCAGCUGACAACAGCAGGGGAAGCUGUUUCCUGGAACUCAGUAUUUAUUCUGAUGAUUUUGGCUGUUCUUUCUAUUUUGCCAGCUAUCUUCCAAAAGAAACUAAAGCAGAAAUUUGAGUAAAAAAAAAUCAGAUUUUUAGUUUUGCCAUCAUCAUCAUCUCAGGAUUAGCAGGUGCAUCCAUUUAUGUUUUAAAAUCACCUCUUCAAUAAUUGAAACAAGGAAUUUGUGAAAUAAAAUUUCCUAUCAGAUAAUAAAAUAAUACAUUUAAAUGGCAAGGGGGAGGAGGAGUAAAAGUGGAAAUUGGUAUAGUAUGAAAAGUACUGUCAAUAAUUAAGGUAGAAAUUUUAUAUAGACAUCUUAUAAAUUAUUAUAUCAAGGGUAGCUAUAGAUAAUAGCAUGGUAGGAAAUUCUUGAUCCAACUGAUUCAUUCCAUUUAAUUGAAUAAUUUUCUCUCUUAUCUCUUACUAAUAACUAAAAUAGAUACUUAAAAAUUCUAGAUUUUUAAAAAUAGCAUUUAAGUUUUUGCUAAUGUUAGCCUUUUUUGAGAGCAUAAACCGGGAAAACUAAAGCUUAAAGAGAUUUACAUUUUCUUUUUUUUACCUUUGUGGUAAUGGAUUUAUUUAAAGCUUGCAUCUUAGUAGACCACUGUAUAUGGGAAAAGUAUAAAGUUAUCUAUUUUGUGAAUUUUAUUUUUGUUUUUCUGUUUUAGAUUUUUAUCAUGAAUUAGUCUGAAAUUUAAAAUUCUGGGCAGUCUGUUUUCUUCCUUUUUUCUAGUUUUUACAGUAUUUCCACCUUGCAUUUACAAAAGGGGAUUACAUAACUGUAUCGUAUUUGGUGUUAAUAAUUUAUAUUCAGAUAAUAUUUUGUUACAGGGCCCCUUUAAUGUCUCCAAAGGGGAUCUGAAAAGCAAACACUCAAAAGUAUACAGUUUUUAGACAUUAGGUGCAUUAUUUUAUGUUUUGUAACAAAUAGUAUCCAUAUAACACUGAAGUAGAUAAAUAGAGUUUGUUCCAAUGAUUGUAAAAUUUACCUUGUUUAUUUAUUCUGGUCAUUAAGGAAUGUAUUAUGUAGUUCUUUUUAUGCAUGAUACACUUCUAAGAAUGCCCUUUUUUUGUUUUUAUUGAUGGCUUUUUUGUUUGGGGCUGCUUUUGAUUAAUGCGGUUUCCCAAUUUAGUCUUUUUACUUUUUCUAUUUCACAAAGUAAUCUUCUCACAUGGUAACUCUACUGUAUUUAAGUAGUUCUGGAAAAACUAAACUGCUUUUUGCAGCUUGGUUAAAUGGUAAUGCCCUGAUUCCUUGAUUCUAGGACAUAGCCAAUCUAAAGUACUCUUGUCAGUUUUACCUUCACCCAAGACUGUCAUUAUGUUGAAAAGUACUUUACCUCUGAAAAAUCCUUGUAUGUUUUUAUUGUGAGAAGUAUAAUCGUUCUCAGAGCCUAUUUCUACUACAUAAUGUGGACGGAUUCAUUAUUUUUUCUAUCACAGUAUUAACAAAUGGAUUUAUUGUAAAUACAAAAAAUAUAUUGAUUAUUAUAAUAUUCUUGUGUCACCUGGCCUUUUGUGUGAAGUUAUUUAUUGUAUUUUUAGCAAGGUUUUCUUCCUUUCUUCUUGACCAGAGACUGACUGAUAAAGCUUUUGUUAUUUUUACAAAGAACUUAAAAUGUAGCUUUUUUGGACAAAUUCACUAAAUAUUACUGUAUAAAAUGUAAUUGAGUACAUUUUUAUCAGAAUUUUAAAAAUAAAAGUAAGAGCUUGGACUCAAGGAGAAGCCUCAGUAUUUACUCCGGUGUGUGUAUAUUGUACUUACUCUAUUCUCAGAGUAUCUUUCCUGUCCUUACCGUUGAUUCUUUUCCUUGCUAAUUUUUUUUUUCUGUUAGAAAACUGUAGCUACAACUUUAGGUGGGAUAUAUUCUCUUUUCCCAAGAGAAUAGCCAAUCUUCCAGACUCAUCAUCAUUGACUCUCAAGAAAGAAGCCUUCAGCAGGCUGAACCCUGAAUGCAGUUGAUGGCCUAUAUUCAUGGAUUCACAGACUUGGACUGAUGCCAAAUGUAAAUUCAUGCUUCAGCCACAUCUUGAAGACAUUUAUAUAGUAAUAACCACAAGGGAUCAAGCAUCUGUGGUGGGGAGAAAGUGAGACUGUUUCCUUCUUAGUUGAUGGUCUCUGUGGAGCUCUGUUAGAGUAUAUUUCUGAGACACUUAAUAAAUGCAGACUAAAAUGUAAUAAGAAUAAAUUGUACUGGAGAAACUUAAA